UUUUGUUUCCCCUCGGUUGACCCGGUUACCAACAAGUGGCAACAAAAGCACUCGCUAUCGGGUGUGGGGACAUCUUUCACGCCGCUAGAUCGGAUCGCACCCUCCCUCAGCCGCUGGUGUUUAGAGUACAAACAAACUGCCUUGUUUUACGGGGUGUUUUUAAUUGUAGAUAUCUCACAUUUUUAAGUCUUAACCGUGUGGCCACAUCAACAGUCGUGCAGACGUCAAGGUGAUAUUUGCACUCCAAAUCUCCUACUAGCAGCGCCAUUGUAACAACGAAGCAAGGAUUUUGCUGUGAUACUGCAAGUCAAGGUCUGAGGAAUGAUGCUUGCGGAGGCGACUCCUGGCGGUUCGCACCUGAACAUGCAGAAGAGGCGGGAGGUACUGCAGGAGAACGCGCGGUUUGCCCAACAGAUCCGCGCGUUAGAACUCACGUACGGGAAGAUCGCUGCUCAGCAGAAGAGCCUCAUCAGCGCAUUAGAAAACGGCAUGAGCAGUUACAAGUCGUCUCCGAUCAACACACAGAAAGUCGAGAAUCUCCAAGACGUGAGGAAAUCUUACGACGUCUUGUUGACGAGAGACAUUGGCGGUAUCACACAGAGAAAGUCGCACCAUACGGAAGUCUUGGAGACUCUUUUAAACGCGGUGGAAGAUCUCAAGGUGUUGAGAGAUGCGACAAAGGCGGACUUGGUUGAACCGAUCUUCUACACAGAAAUGAGCAACGCUGAGAGAGAACGCACGGCAGAUCUCCUGGCAAAAUGGAAAACGCUCUUGAGGGACGAAAAUGACUUGUCUGUCUUACACCACGAAUAUCCCAAAACUCCGUUCCGAGGAAUAACCAGCGAAAGGCCGUGGUACAGCCUGGACCCGAGGGACGCUGUGAGAUUUGGCGGGAUUUUGUCUCUCAUACCCGUUACUUUGGACAUCGCCAAACAGACACACAGAGUCGUACAGACUGUGGCGUCUGGAGAAAAAUCCAUGCUAGAGAAGGAUAGUCUAAAACUUCCCAGCGUUUUAUCAGACUUGGUAAAGCUGCAUCCUAACACGUCUGAGGCCGAGCCUACUCGGGUGAACACGCAACGCCGGAAGUGGGAAAAACCUAACGUCUUUGGAGAGGAGCGACCGGAAGUGACGUAUAGGAGAGCGGCGUCAGCUGUUUCAGAUGUACAGGACAACGAGGUUGCUGCGCCUAAAAGAAAACAGUGGUCGAAAGAUCCGCUAUCUUUAUCUACUCCAGCAUUCCUAUCCAAUACUAGUAAUCCUCACAAUCCGGGACAUGAUGUGGUCCGAAAACCAAACCCUGGGGUACACCCUGGUAAGGGGAAUCCAGGGACCCCAGUUUCAAAUAUGCCGAGAGUCCAGAAACAAGGCACGCAUGGGGUGUCUGGGGACGAUAUUCGUGUCAUUGUUAAAGAUAUGAUUGCUCCUCUCAGUGUCCAAGUGAAGGCCAACUCGGACAAGCUUCAGGACGUGGAAGGCCAAGUUCGGCAAUGUUCGGCCCGCCUGACGACUUUGUCCGAACAUCAGGCGAGCCUCGCUCUGAAAGUGUUCGAGGCGAUUCGGAAAGACCUGGAGGAGCAUCUCAACACCAACAUCCGGGACAUCAUCAAGGCUGAAAUGGAGACCUUGACGCCGAGGAGCACUGAAGAGAUUAGGAGGCAGAUGGAAGAGUCCAUGAAGCAGAAGCUGGAGAGUUUCUACCGUGUGGAGGUACAGAGAGUGGCGAGUCAGCUGCACCAGGACGCGGUACGGACACAGAAGGAGGUGGAGGGGCUGAAACGGUAUCAGAGAGACACAGAUCUCAGAGUCACAGAAGAGAAGUACGGCCCGUUACAGCGGCAGUUGGAGGAUCUGCGCGAUCAGAACGCCGCGGAACUGCGCCGCCUGGAGGCGCUCGUGGUGGAGGAGAGGAACCGCCUGGAGCAGAGACUCAAGAAGGAGGAGGAGAAAAUAGAACACAGGUUUGGGGCUGGGUAUCACGAAGGAAGUCAUCAAGACCGGACCGCCCAGUCAGAACUUUUUAAGUAUGUGCAACAAGAACUCGGCCGUCUGCAGUUGAAGGUGCGCCACCUAGAGGACGCCCUGGUACAGCAACGGGUAGACACGGGUCCCAGAGGUACGCUCCGGGGAGACCAGCUGCUGUGGAUCGCCCGACAGGUGGGGAACAAGUACUGGAACCUCGGGAUCAAACUGGGCCUGAGUCUGGGCGCCCUGGGCGAGAUCAAACACGCCAAUCCGGGCGACGUGGACCAGAUGGCCUUUGCGAUGUUGUUAGACUGGCAAAGGCAGUACGGGGAAGGCGCCACCGCGGACAAGAUUGUGGACGCCCUGCACCAGCUCCACCUCACCAAGCUAGCGGACACCGUCAGGGAUAGUCUGCCGCCAUGAUGUCUGAUAGUCUCGCUCUCAGGCUCAUGAGCAGGCUUAGUUAGUGGGUCCGCACGAGUUUUUAGUUUUGGACAUUUGAACAUACGAACUGCAAUAUAUUAAAAUGGCGUCAACUAUUGUUACUUCCUUGUUUUGAAUGAAUGGUUAAUGUCAUCAAACGAUGCUUGAAUUGUAUAAAACCUGCUAUAAAUUCUAUAUCUGCGCGUUAUUAGAAUAACCAUUAGCAAAGCGUUGCUGCUAACGUUGGGGUGUCAUAUUCUGACAUACAUUUUUGUUGAAAUAAAA